CGGGGCGGGGCCGCUCCGGCCGCUCCUCUCGCUGUGCCGCUGGUCACGUGAGCCGGCGGGGAGGCAGCGAUGGCGGCGCCGAGCGGUGCCGGGCCGGUGCCCGAGGGCUGCGAGCUAAUACCGACUCAGUCCUUCAUCCUUCCGAGGCUCUGGGUCCUCGGGCACAGAACGGCGCUGUUCUGCGUGAGGGAGAGGUAAAGAAGACGAGGAGCUCGGAAGCUGUGUGACCCUGGGGACCCUGCGGGGACCCGCAGAGAGAAGACGAAGAAGGGAAUAGUGAUGGUGAGGGAGAGGAAGGACUGAGGGCAGAGCUGCGCUGCUGAAGACCAGAGGAAAUUUGUUGCAGGCAUUGCCAGGGGAGGCCCCGGGCAGGCUCGGGCUGGUGCAGGGCUGGCAGCAUCCAGCGCAGAGAGUGAGCCAUGCAGGACAGCGAGUUCCAGAGUUGAGCUGUCGCCUCCUCUGUGCCCACCCCAGAGCCUGCAGGGCCGGCUGCUGACAGAGCCAGAGCAGCCUGUGGGUGUCUGCUGACCCCUCUGCCCCCCAGGGCCAGGCAGCAUCUUCAGCAUCCCACCCAGAUCCAGAGCCCGGCUCACUGCUCCUGAGUGUGUUUUCCCAGACUAAAUAAAAAAUCUCUUCUUUCCACACCCUCACCUUGUCUCCUUACAGUGCCCAGAAGGAUUUAUGGUGUUCAGAAUUUUUUGAAAAUUGGCUUCUUCCAGAGCUGUGUUGCCGCAUUUUAAUUACAGUUGUUAGUAAAAUGACGCGUUUGGUUUUAUUUUGCUGUCAUCAUGCCAACAGCUGCAGACUGGGAAACACCCAGAGAACAUUCCUGUGCCUUUCUCCACCCUGAGUGUGUGGCUGCUCCUCAGGCAGAGCUGGUGCCUGGUCAGGAUCAGGGAUCAGGAUUUGGUGUCCAUGGGUGCUCACUGCCUGCCAUGUCCCAGUUCUGCAGCCCAGGCUCCCCAGCAAACACAGAGCCCAGGAUCCCUCAGCCUUUCUCUGCACUGACCAUCCCUGCCCCUGGACAGAGCCAGAGUCAGGACUGAAGAUGCCUCUCUUCUCCAGGAAGAAGAAACCCAGCGAUGAUGCUCGCAAGCGCCUUGAGUACCAGAUGUGCCUGGCAAAAGAAGCUGGUGCUGAUGACACCCUUGACAUAUCCAGAUGUGAGCUCUCAGAGGUUCCUUAUGGGGUCUUUGCAACUUGCAAGGUCUUGCAAAAAAAGGUGCUGAUUAUUCAUACAAAUAAUCUGACAUCUUUAGUUCCAAAGUCCUGCAGCCUCCUGAGUCUCAUAACUCUAAAGGUUCUGGAUCUGCAUGACAACCAGCUGGCAUCACUUCCUGCUGAUAUUGGUCAGCUGACAGCUCUUCAGGUCCUAAACCUUGAAAAGAAUCUUUUAAAAAGCCUUCCACAAUCUAUAGGAGAUCUUGCCCAGCUCCAGGUCCUCAAUGUGAAAGGGAACAAGCUGAGGGAGCUGCCCAGGAGUGUGAGCAGCCUGCAGAGCCUGCAGGCUCUGGAUGUCAGUGGGAAUGUGCUGCAGGAGCUGCCCCGGGUGCUGGCCCACGCCCGCAGCCUGCAGACGCUGACCCUGGAUGCCUCUGCCAUGACCUACCCACCCCCUGACAUCUGCAGCGCGGGUACAGAGGCCAUCCAGCAGUUCCUCUGCAAGGAGUGUGGAAUUGCAUACUACCCUCCCUCACAGUGCCUGCUCCCCACGCUGGAGAGCGAUGGAGGAGGAACUUCAGUGGAUGGGGUGGACAGGACAGUGGAGAAGUACCUGGAGGAGGAGAGUGAGUGGCAGAACAAAUUCCUGGAUUAUGAGAAGAGGAAGGAAAGAAAAAUGCAGGAGAAGCUGGACUUCGAGCGGCGGCUGAGCAUGGGGCAGCGAGAGCAGGCGCUGCUGGUGCAGCAGCUCAACAGCCACAAGGAUGAGAUCCUGCAGACAGUGAGAGAGGAGCAGCAGAGGCUGGAGCAGGGUCUGUCGAAGCACCAGCGCUAUUUGGAGGAGGAGAGGCUGAAGCUGCUGCAGCAGCUGAAGGACACAGAGCAGGGCACUGCCAGACGGAUCCAGAAGCUGCUGGAGGACAGCCAGAGGCAAAAGCAAAGUUCAGACAUUUUGAAGUCCUUGGAGAAUGAGAGAAUCAGAAUGGAACAACUGAUGGCAAUAACCCAGGAGGAGACGGAGCAGCUGCGCAGGAGGGAAGUGGCCUCUGCCAUGCAGCAGAUGCUGGCUGAGACCUACAAGAACAAGCUCCUCCAGAUGACGUCCGAGUCUCGUCGGCAGGACCUCGUCAGCCAGGCCUGCUCCAGCCUAGCUGAGAUGGAUCAGAAGUUCCAGCAGAUCCUGGCUUGGCAGCAGCUGGAUCAGAACAAAGCUGUCAGUCAGAUCUUGCAGCAGAUUGAGAUGCAGAAAACUGCCUUUGAAGCUCUCCAAGUGAAGAAGGAUCUUAUGCACAGGCAGAUCAGGAACCAGAUUAAAUUAAUAGAAACAGAGUUAUUGCAGCUGACACAGCUGGAAUUAAAGAGGCAAGAACUGGACACAGAGACUCUGCAGGAGGCGGUCACGGAGCAGCGCCGGGCGCUCGGCUGCCUCCUGCAGCAGCUGCUCAAGGAGAAGAAGCAAAGGGAGGAAGAACUGCAACAAAUCCUGCUGGAAAUGGAGGCAAAGAGUGAAACCAAACAGGAGAACUACUGGCUGAUCCAGUACCAGCGCCUGCUGAACCAGAAGCCCCUCUCCCUGAAACUCCAGGAGAAGGGUUUGGAGCAGCAGCUGGUGACCCUGCUGCUGGAGCUCUCUGCUCACCAGUACGUGCCAGUCUUCGCUCACCACCGAAUAUCCUUGGAAACGCUCGGCACCAUGAGUGCCAGUGACCUGGAAAAGCUCGGUGUGGCAGAGGUUGGUCUGCAGCGUGCCAUCCUCAGGAGGGCUCAGGAGAUCCUGGCUGCGGCCACCACCAUCCCAGAGCUGCGGAGGGCGGGGGACACCGAGGUCCCUGCGGCCCCAGAGCCCAGCGCUCCCCUGGAGGAGCCCCCGAGCCCCGCGGCCCCCUCGGCCCCACCGCUGCCGUGGGACCAGAGGAAAUCGGAGUGUGUUGUGUGCAUGGAGCAGGAGCCCCAGAUGAUUUUCCUGCCCUGUGGCCACGUCUGCUGCUGCCGGGGCUGCUGCGAGCGGCUGCUCUCGUGUCCCCUGUGUCGCCAGGACAUCGCCCAGCGCAUCCGCAUCUUCCCCAGCGCUUAGGCCGGCCCGGGGGGCACCGGCCCCGCUCCCGGCGCCUUCCCCUCCGCCGCUCAGGCCCCUCUUAUCCCCUCACCAGCACAACCAGCACUGCCCUGCCCGUGCACCUCAGCAUCCUCCCAGCUCCCCGGUGGCUCCUCAGCACCCAGCUGGGGCUCCUUCAGUGAAUCCCUCCCUGCCGCCCGCCCAGCGGUGGCAAACUGGGAGCAGCUGUGGCUCCUCCUGUCUGGCCCAGGUGUUUCAGACAGGCCCCUGGCUCAGCAGGGACACGGGGAGUGCUUCCAGCAGGGCCUGUGGGGGAAUUUCCCCUGGGAGGACUUGGCCAGGACGUGCUGCUCUUCAUGUGCUGACUGUGCCUUGCACCUCUGUCAUGCCAAAGGUCUGGGGCUUCUGCUCUGGAGCCCCACAGGAGCGUGUCUGGGUCUGCAGCCUCAGGCAGGGCAGAGCCAGGAGCUCCCCAGCCCCCAAAUCCUGCUCCUGUGGGAGGGGAGAGUGCAGCACCCCCAGGAUUGGAGGGGCCUGCCCCGGCCAGAAGAGCCCAGUGGGGUCCCUCAUCCAGAAAUCAGGUAGGGAGCAGAAAGUGUUGCUGCUACCGGCCAGCACUGUCCCAGGGCUGGGGCUGUGCCCAGCUCACAUCCACGGUGCCUUUGGGGUGUGGGGACUUCUCCAUUGUCAUUAAUUCGUAACAAUUCCUGUCUCUCCCUUGGCUUGAAAUAUAAAAAUGCUGCCACGAGUCCGGUCCCACCACAGCUUUCCCCAGGAGCAGCCAUUAAACUGCAGCUGGUUUCUGCUGGGGCUGUUUGCUGCCUUUUCCUUCUGCAGGGGGGGAUGGCUGAGAGCCAGGCUUGUGGAGCAGUGACAGGGCCACCACGUGUCCGGCUGUCCCAGUGGCACCAUCCUCUUGUCACACAGAAGAAUUUGAGGCUCUGGGCCUUCUCCCAGGGCGUUCUCGUUGUGGAGCUGCCCGAGGGAUGUCUGGGCAGGGGAGACCUUGGACCCUGCGCUUGGGUUGCCUCACAUGAGCUGCCCCACGCAGAGCAUCCCUGUGGGACACGUGUGUGACCUCGUGGAGGUGCCCAGUGCCACCAAUGUCCUGGGGACGUGCCACAGCACCAGGGCCGGUGCCUUGGGGACAACAACAUCCUGGGGAUGUUUUUCCAGCCUCUGUUUUCACGUUUUGCUGCUGCUGCACAUUAGAGAAGGCAGGUCCUAUCCGGGGAGGGGCAAGGGGCUGCACCAGGAGCAGCUCAGCUGGUGCUCGGGAUGGAGGAGGUGCCCGAAUGAGGGCAGGAAGGGUCGUGGAGCAGCCUCACUCCUCCCUGUGCCCCCUCCCUGGGCUCGGGGAGGAGGAGGAGGAGGGAGUGAGAAGCCCUGACCUGAGGCAGGGUGAGGAGCAGGGAUCCAGCCCCGCAAGGAGCCCCCCCUGUGCCCCCUCCCCUGGGGCAGUCAGGGACCACACAGAGACCCCAGGGGUCGGGCUGGAGAGGGAGGAGAGUCCCGAGGGCUGCCCCGACACCCCCUCCAUCCCCUCUGCGCCCCCAUCCCAGCUCCCCCUCCAUUCCCAGCGCCCUCCAUCCCCGCCGGUGACCGCCGGGCCGUGCUGGGGGCGGUGAUGGGUGACAGGAGCUCGGGGCAAGGUUCGCUCGGGGACAGUGCCCGUGAAAGAGGUGCCAGAGCAGUCGGCAGUGCCGGGCUGCCCUUCAUGGCCAGGGCCACCCCAGCCCCGCCAGCUGCAGGGACAGCCCCGCUCAGCCAAAACAGCUGGAGCAUCACCCAGGAGUCCCGGCAGUUCCUGAGAUUGCAGGGAAAGUAAAACAAUAAUUAAAAAACACCCUUCGGCCCCACUCAGCCCCGGGCAGUCCGGGACUGCAGCCGCCCUGUGCUCGGCACAAACCUCCCGUGUCCAUCCCUGGGACCCCGAGGGGACCGUGCUGGUGGCCAGGGCCACCUCCUGCAGCAGGUGACAAACAGACCCCAGGGCUGGUGCCAAACGGGUGCUGUGCCCACUGCUCAGCUGCUCCUAAAGUACAUAAACAACGAGAGAAACUCUGCUUGGGAAAGAUUAAGGAUAUGAUGGAUUUGGAAAGGGAAAAGGGAAAGAGCAGCAGGUGUUUCAGGGGCAGCAGCUCUGCGGUGGAGGUGGAGCGUUCCCUGUGCCGCUCCAGCGCCCGCCGGCCACCCUGGGGCCAGGCUGAAGUUCAGGGGGGGCGGCUGCCCCGGCCCCUCUCCCCU